AUGAAGAAUAAAUUUCCCCAUUAUGCAUAUUUGUCUAUUGGCUCAUUUGUUUUUCUGCGAUUUUUAGGUCCUGCAUUAGUGUCUCCUGACUCUGAGAAUAUUGAAAUAUCUUUUGAUUACGAAUGUAAAAAAUCUUUCCUUAUACUUGCCAAAGUUAUACAAAAUAUGGCCAAUGGUUCUGACGAUUUCACAAAAUGGCCUGCACUUCAACCCCAUGCCAAGACUUUAAAGAUAUAUAAUGAUAGAAUCAGUGGAUUCAUAAAAAAUCUAUGUGAUACAGAUGAAGUUUUUAAAGUACCUGAAAAGAACUUACCAACUUCAAUAUAUUUUGAUUACCAUUUUAUCCAUAAGUUUUUAUAUGAACAUGAACUUGAAAUCAGAGCGAAAGCUGUGAAUGAUGUCCAUUUUUCACAGAAUUUUGAAGCACUAAAAGAUUUUGCCAACGUUAUCGAUGGUGUGUUAAAAAAAUUAGGCCUUCCAAUGCUAGAGUUAUCACAUGAUUUACCUCCAUUUGUAAAAGAAAACAUGGAAAAAUAUCCACAACUUUAUGAAUUUAUGAAAAGACAUGCUUUUAAGUCCUCAGUUCAUAAUGUCGUUGAACAAUAUUCACCUAUACAGGAAUCUAUGUCUUCCUCUGGUGUACCAAUAUUAAUAAUAUCUUGUAGACAACUAGCAAUCAACAUGGAGAGCCUAGAAGAUUCAAUAUACAAGAUUCUUCGUGCUUAUACUAAGGUUUGGUCAAAUAAGCAUUGUCUUGUUCUAGAUUGUACAAACUUUUCAACAAAACAAAACGAAUUCAAAAAAAUAUGCACUAUUCUUUUUUCUUUACUACCAGACAUUGUUUUUAAAACCUGCAUUAAGGUAUACUAUAUUAAUACAACAGAUAUUUUUAUGAAAAUAUGGACUCAGCUAAGAGUUAGGCAGAAUCCAUUUAUGACAUCUAAUAUUCCGUAUGAAUUUUUGAAUACAUCUACAGAUCAAUUAAUUAUUAAAGGUUUGGGAUUAACAUCUGAUCUGCUACAAAGUCUUGAGAAUACACGCAUAUCAUUGCAUGAUAUUGAGCUUUAUGAUGAAGAAAUACAUAAAUUCUUUCCAGUUACCCUAAAAAUUGGUUAUAAAGAUUUCCAAAUAUUACAUGAAGUACCAAAAGUUUAUGAAAUCCACAAUUUAAAUAAAUCAAUAUCAGUGCUAUUAAAUGAUGUUUUUAAUUUAAUCGAUAUUUCUGUAGUAAAUGUGUCAAAUGUUACUGGCCGUCAAAAUGAAUUUACAGUAAGUUUUUUUGAUGGUAAUCGGUUAAUUUUUUCUAAUGCUAAGUAUCUAGAAAUUAUCAAAAUGUUCUAUUACGCAGAAUCCAAAGUCGAUAAUGAUUAUACUGUAAUCAACUCAGAAAUGAUCGAGAAAAGAAAUAAGAAUAAAACUAAUAGAGAUGAAAUCGUUGCCCAUCUUUGUUUAGUAAUAUUGGUUGGUUUAUUCAGUGAUGAUGAAUCCAUUAAGAAUAUUUCGUAUAAUUUGUUAGUUUCAACACAAAAUGCAUUUCAUCUUAAUUUUGGUACUGUGUUUUAUCAUUCCUUGGAAGUUUAUGUUCCGCAAGAUACUACAAUGUUUCUCUCUCUUAUUACCCAAUCUUUAUGUACUAGUUCUCCUGAACUAACUCCCUAUAUUUGGAAAUAUAUUGUUGGUGGAUUAGAGAAGGGGGUAGUUAACCAUAAGGCUAUUCCUACUGUGGUAACUUGUUUAUCAUAUUGGAUACCAAAUAUGUAUGAUUCGUUUUUUAAUUUUAGUGACCCAACUGGUCCUGAAGUUUUUUCUCAUAUUAUCCAAGGUUUGAUCCGUCUCACAUUUAAAGAAUCAGAUUUCACUGCUGUAUACAUGCAUCAAAUUUGGUACAAAUUUACAAUGGAUGUAAACUUAGCUGCAUUGGUUGUAGAUGAAGUAAUUAAUCAUGCACUAGAGAGAGACUCUGAGAAUCGUGAAUGGAAUCAAGUAAUUACCCUAUUAACAGGCUUUCCUACUGUUGAAGUGACAAGCCAAGUCCUUCAUAGAUUUAUGAAUGUUAUCAAGAUACUGCUACCAUCACUAACCCUAGAAUCAUACAACCAUAGCUGGUCAGAAUUAAAUAUCCUAUCUAAUAUUUCCAUUCCUUUAUUUUUUGAAUCAUCAUUACUAACUCAAAUGUAUUUACCAGAACUCCUUUAUGUGAUAUCUUUACUAAUAGAUACUGGUCCAUCUGGUUUAAGAUUAACGCUACAUAAACUUUUAAUGAAUAUAUGCCAUUCUUUAACAGUUAACGAAUCUUUGGACAAUGACGAUAGAGAACAUUUAUUAUCAAUCUCCACAGCCUUUUCACACCAAAAGCUAAAUUUAAUCUCAGGUUUUAGUCAAGAAAAAGGUAGAUGGACCCCACUUCUUAAUACUACAUCAUUUACAAGCAAAGUAAAUUCUCUGGAAACAUUCACUUCUAAUAUUAUUCUUUUGAUGGAGUUCAGUUCAAAAACAGAAGCAUCAUUCUGGAAAACAAAAUUUAAGAAAUAUAUUCUGGAUGCAAUUUUUAACUAUAAAUCAUUCUUAUCUGCAAGAGCCAUGAUGAUAUUAGGUGUCAUGAGUAAAAAAAGCUGCUCAGAAGCACUUUGUCGAGAUCUGUUAUCUGAAUCAAUGCAAAUUUUUGCUAUUCCUAAAAUAAACGAAGAAACCAUGUUUUUAAAUAUCGCACAUACCUUCGCUCUGGCUAAAUUGGUGGAAGGCAUUGAUCCAACAUUACCUAUUAUGAAAGAAAUGUUUUGGCUUGCCACUUCACUUAUUGGAUCUCCUCAUCCUGUUGUGUUUGAAGGUGCUUUGAUAUUUGUUACCAAUUGUUUAAAAAAAUUAUAUUCGAUACACUUUGAAAGUUGUGAAAAGAUGAGCCUUCCAUCAAUCUUACUCACAGAAAGAAAGUUUGCCAAGAAUCUCCUGGACGAGAUAGAUCAAGGUUUAAAUAUUGAAUGGACAUAUGCCAAUUUCCCCCAUAUAAUAUCUUUUUAUAUCAUUAGAGGUUUAUCGAUUCCGGUUAUGAAGGGAACAACCCCUUUCUGCUUGAAAUUACUUUUUAAGAAUUCCUUUAAAGAAUAUUCCUUAAAUUUAAAUAAAAACCACUACUUGGUGUAUUUAUACCUUCUUUACAUAUUAUCUUCCCCCGAAGAAUUUCAAAAUAUACUACAAGAAGUAAAUAUGAAUGAAAAACUGAUAAAGCUAGAUAGCCAAAAUAAAAUUCCACUAUGUUUGGCCGACUGGAUAUCUGGACAUUCGUGUAUUUCAGCAGUAGCCUUCUAUCAAAGUGCAAAACUAUUUAGUCUUCCUUUAUCAGAUGAACCAUGCAAAUAUAGAUUUUUACUGAUAGUAAAGUAUUUACUCGAAAAAAAUCCAGAACGCGUUUUUACAUAUUAUUUGAUAAUAAGAAAGGAACUAAGAAGAAUAUCUUCUCUAGAAGAGGGGUCAGAAUUAGUAUUAGUGUGUUUUGAUAUUAUUAAUCUACUUGUAGCACGCCCUGAAUUUGACCAACAAAUCAAAGAUGUUGAAAAUUAUGAAAAGCUUCUAGAAGAGCAUGGUUUGAAGAUGCUUACUGACCAUGAGUUACUUGCUUCAACUGCAACAAAAUUGGAUAAGACUUACAGAUAUAAGGCUGACUUUCUUUACCAAAGGAAAAGAUUAAUAACAAUGAUUCUUGGAAAAAUGACAAACCAUAAUAUCUCAUGCUAA